GUGGUGAAGGGUUGUCUGUGCCGGUGGAAUUUCAGGAAAUGCUCAGCUCCUAUCCUGGCAGAACACAUCUGUGGCCAGCAAAGAGAAUCUGGACUUUGAAGAUGAAAUGUCUUGCCCAGUUCCCAUCCAUCUUGGCCAUCUAUUGCUUCUGCCUGCUACAAAUUCCUUCCUCAGGAUUUCCUCGACCUUUAGCUGAUGCUUCAGAUGGCCUGGAUAUUGUGAAGUUUGAGCGGAUGGCAUAUUGGGCAAGUCUUUCUAGACAACCUAAGGAUAGUCAAGACAUAUACAAAAGGUUUUUAUUUCACUACUCCAGAACUCAGGAGCCGACACAUCCAGUUAAAACAGGGUUUCCGCCCGUGCACCCUCUAAUGCGUCUGGCAGCCAAGCUUGCUGAUCGAAGGAUGAAGACGUUUUGGCGGCGCGAUUCCAGGGCCACUGCAGCGGAUUUUACCAAAAAGGAUUACACUGCCACCUUGGGAAGACCGUUUUUCCUUUUCAGGCCAAGGAAUGGAAGAAACCUUGACUUUGACACCUCAUAGGAUUGUCCAAGAAUUCAAUGGCAAAGGGAGUCUGGAUCAGGCAACUGAGCAAUUGCUUUGAACAAACGUCAAAUUUCUUUCUGUGAACACUGUUUAAAAAGAAUUCUCUUGGUCUCUGUAUUCACUAGAAUAUUCAACUGUGUAAAAAAUAAAGUAGCAUUGAC